UACCAAAGUAAUAUCGUACGCAGUCGGUGAAUUUAUUUAUUAUUUACAAUUAGUAUUUUGCCAGUUUAUUGACAAAUAAGGAAGCAUAUUAGUAUAUUUGUGAUUUGAUAUUAUCAAUUAAACAUCUAAUGUUACAUGUAUGAAUUGGUAUCGUCGAUUUUAAUGAUGUUAUGAUAACUGCUAUGCUCAACCUAUACUUGCUAUAGAAUAAAAUAUGGUUGUGCGAUUCGCCUGAACAGAUUAGUGGUGAUGUGUGAACAGUCAGAAACUGAGUAUUUGGAUGGGGAAGUGGUGUGGGUAAAGCUGGGCUCGUGCUUUUGGCCCGGCGAGGUGGUUGGUCCCGAUAAGCUUCCACCAGAUCUCCUGCCAUCAUUCAAGAAACCCCCUAUUGCAGUUGUCAAAUUUUUUCAAGAAGAGACUUUUGAAUAUGUGAAAAAUACAAACUCUAUUUACAAAUACAACUGCAGCCGCAAAAAUGAAUUUAUCAACAAAGGACUUUAUAUGUACAGAACAAAACAUGGACUUAUGGAGAAAUUUCCUGAAGAUGUGAUUAGAGCUGAAACAGCAGUAGGAGGUGAUAUAAAAAUAUUGACUAGAGAUGAAUUUCAAGAAGAGAAGAAAGAGAGCUAUGCUGGAUUGUUUGGUGAUCCAGCUAAACGGACACCACAAUCUGCUAAACGAGCUAAAGGAAGAUAUCCCCAAUCACCAGCAUUAAGAACUCCAAUAAGAAAGAUAAAGGAUAAGACUAAUUACAAAGUACAUAUAUUACUACAAGGAUCUAAAACUCCCGCAACCCCAGCAACAGACCUCGCUUCACCUUCCACAAGCCGAGCCGGCUCCGAGCCCACAGAGGAAAAAGUUGAAAAUGUUACAGAACAACCUGUCUCCAGUUACAGCACACCAACUAUGUCCAGUAGCGGUAUAUACUCUUGUCACGCCUGUCCAUUCACUACGACAAGACUAAAUGUCCUGAUCAUGCACAACAAAACUCACAGUGUAACAUUUACACCGUACACACCAUCGCCUGUCAGAAAACCAGUCUCUAAAACAAAAACAAAAACUCCCAAAUCUCGUAAACCGAAAGAAAAGAAUGAUAAAGUCAUCAAAAGUGAUAAAGCGGAUAAGAUUAAUCAAGCUCAAAAACGAUUAUCACAAGAAAAAGCAGUCGAAGUUGAAGUAAAGAAAGUGAAGACUGAUGAAGAAAUUAAAAGUAGCCUAUUGGCAGAUUGGGAUGAUGUGGGUGAAGAUUCAAAUGAUGAAUCUACGAUAGCUAUGACUACGUCUCCAGAAGUCCCAGUAGGGGCUGAAUCUCCCGACGUACCCACUCCGGCUGAACUACCUUCCGCACAGAUUCCUGCUGAAAUUUCACCGAAUACACAAAAGAAUUCGGAAGAUUUACAAUCAUCAGAAAAACCGGAAUCGUCAAGUGAUUCCAAAUAUGAGUUUUGUGAAGACGAAGAUUGGUCAAUGGAGGCAGAUGCGGGCAGGAAAAUUCCUCGGGUAAAAAAUCCAUCUAAACGAAAAGAAAGCGUCAAAAGUCUAAGUACUGAAGAUGAUGAUGUUCGCAGAGAAGUAGCCGAAUUACUUAACAAGACGACUGUACCGGAAUUGCCGUCGGUUCCGGCAACACUGCCAGUGGAAGAAAAUUUUCCAGAGCGACCGGUUGCGAAAUCACCGGACAAAAAGAAUGAUUCUAACACCACAGAACCAUCACCAGAAUCGAGUCAAGCUAGUGAGAAAAAUAAUACUGAUCAAGCUCCUAAAACAAUUUUUAAAACUAAAACAUUUUUUCGAAGUCGCCACUCUAGAAGUCAGGAUGCAAUAGGAAAAUAUGUAGCGGAACAGUUGAAUGCCGCAGAGAGAAUGGAUUUAUCGGAGAAUGAAACGAACGGUAUAGAAUCUUCAUCUUCACCUGAAUCCCGGGAAUCUCCUGUAGAACAUGUGAAAGUGGCGAGACUGGCUCCUAAAAUACAAUUAAAAAAAAUGAAGGCUGAAGCAGCACAGCAACAAGAAAAAGAGAAAAAUAUAUUGGAUACUAAACAAGAGGAGGAUGUAUCAAGUAAUUCAUUGAAAGUACCAGACCAUGUUAUAAAUAUAACUAACGAUUUUAAUAUUGAAAAAGACGAAACAGAUUCAUUGACUAGUCAAGACCUUAUAUAUAAUACACCAGAAAUUACACAAGAAAGUACUAACAAUCUAAACGAAGAAUUAGAACCUUCAGAAAUAUCAGAAUCUUUGCCGAUAACUAGUGAUGUAACAGAUAAAGAUAACUUUAUGCCAACAAUAAGUCAAAAUUCUUUAGAAGAAUCAGAUUUUGAUAAAGCAAUCGACAAAGAGAGCAAAGAUGAUGAAUAUGAAAAGAAUAAAACACAUUUAAAUCUACAAUUAGAUUAUGAACAUUCUUUAGAAACACGUAUGACUGAGACUGCGGUGGAUGCAUUGCUCAGUGUCUCGCGAGAAACUGAUAACGUUACCAGGGUUAUUAGUGAUGAUCCACCAGAAGAUUUAUUUGAAGAUGAAAAAGAUACGACAAAUGUUAACAUAGUUAAUGGAUAUAAUGAAAUAAAGGAAAUCAUUGAUGAUAAAGUAAAGGAUCAAGCAAUUAACAAUGACAUUGAAUGCUCAAAAUUACAAACAAAUUCAUUAGAUGAAUUACCAAUAACAGAUAAUUUAGAUACCGAUAUAGAUACUGAUAAAAUAAGUGUAACUAAAGAUGAAACAAAAAUCACAGAAGAUGAUGAAGUUAAAGAUAAAAUUGAAGAUAUUGUUGACGAUGUAGUCGGUGAUAGUGUGCCUACGGAAUCUGAUCUCCAAAUAGCCGAGGCACUUAUUAAUUUACCAUCGACGGCGAUACAAAAUAAAACAUUCAGUGAAACACCACCUGUAACUCCGCCCCUUACAUUAGAAAUAGACAAGCCGAUAGAAUCUUGCGAAGACGUGUUGAACAAGGAAUUUGUUGAUACAGUCUCACACAGUCCCUCUACUAAAGAUUUGGUAAUUGAAGAACCUGAAACAGAUUACUCUAAUGAAAAGAAAGAAAAUAUUUCACGUUAUGAAACAGAACAAGAGAAAAGUGAAAAUCUAAAUGCUGCACAAUCUUUAGUGCAAAUGUCUGAAUGUAUUGAUCAUAAUAUUAACUUUGUUGAAAUCGAAUCUGAAAAUAAAAAAGAGGCUAGCCCAAAUAAGACCAGUAAAUCGAAAACGACAGAGGCCACAGAUAGCGUGUUAGAACCUAAAGUAUCAUUAUUACCAAAAAAAUCUACAGUAGAACAAUCUAACGGUAAAUCCGUUUCAUACGACAAAUCUUCUAGUAAACUAUUGAAAAUAUUGGAAAAACCAACAACACCAAAACUAGCUCCUAAUAAAACUAUUAUAAGUAAACGAGUCAUUAUUCCUGGCAAAGAGAAAAUACUAAAUUUCGAUGUUGGCAAACAAUCUUUUAAGGGAAAACCUCAAGCGAUCAAACAGAAUAUAGUCAUCCGGAGAUCUGGGCCUAAUAAAACUAUAUUAAAUAAUAUCAAUGAAGUAUCAAACCUCAAUAAAAUUAUUCUUUCUCGCAGCAAUAAGCCUGUUCAAGACUCAUCUUCAGUACAAACAUAUACUAUACAAACGCCCGUCGAACAUUCCUCCGAUCCGAAUACUAUACUUAUACAACCAAAAAAUAGAAAAAUUGGUAAAACACUAACAAAAAUACAGAAAAUAAAACCACAAACGCAAACAUCAUUCGUAGCACAUAUUAAAGAAAAAAAGUCUAUUAAAGAAAGUGGAAAUGAUGAACCCAUAUUCGAUAUAAAUUCAAUGCCCAUAGUAUUGUCUGAUGAUAUACUCACGCCUGAAAGUAUCGAGAAAAUGCCAAUUGUUAUGUCAGAUGCAAAUAUUAUAACGAAUUCUACAAAUACCACAAAAAUUAAAACUAAGACUAAAGUCGAAAGUGAAAAAUUAGCUUUGAGUCCAGUUACUACUAAAAGUCUAAGUCCUAUACCGAGCAAAGCGGAAAUCAAAACGAUGGUUAUGAGUCCAUCGAGUGAUGCCGCCAAAGUAACAACCCCCAACAUUCUCUCUAAGUCAGCAAAGUUACGCGGUGCUAAACCUAUGUUAGUUAUAGAGAAGGCCACAGGCAAAAAGAAAAUCAUCCUGCCUCAGCCCGAGACGGCGGUGAAAGAAGCGAAACAAUCUCACGUCCCCACUCUAGUGCCAUCAGUCUCUCAGAGCGGGGGGAAAACUGAAAAGUACAUUAUCCUGCCCACGACCAGCGCCCCCCGCGCCACGCGCACUCAGAAAAUAGUCAUUGACCCACAAACAGGGAAAGCUCACAUGUUCCUCGCUAAGGGAAACGACGCUUUGGCAGUCACCGAUAACAAAGCAGUCUCCGCCAAACUGAUACAACAGUCCUCAGAGAACACCGCGCCCGGCAAUACCGUCAUGAUUAUAACGAAUUCACAAGGAGCUCAGUCCAAGAUCGUAUUGACGCCGGAGCACGAAAAGAUAUUGUUCCCUCAUAAAGCGAAUGUAUCGCAACUGAAAACAGUCACACAACGUAUUACAACAAAUUCAACUAUAGUACAUAAAACGACUGUGUCCACGUCCACCGCCUCUAAAGGCCAGGCGAGGAUUGUGCCCAGGCACAAAAGUGCAAUUAUUACAUCUAAAGGUCAGCUAAUCGUCGGCGGACUCGUGCCCUCCGGCACCACCAACAUAGCUCCGAUGCCAGAAAUCAGGCCUGCGCUGAAGCGAAUAGUGCCCGCCGAGACCAAGAAGAUCGUGCACACGACACACGUCCAGAAGGACUCGUCGGAGCCGAUGUUGUUUUAUCAAAGAAAACCUGGCACCUACAUGCAACUCACCGCCGCACAGUUUGAACACCUGCAACGGACGGGGCAGCUUAUAUCGAAAUCACCAAUAGCCCAAGAGAGUAAAGUGAUCAUUCAGAAACCCAGCGCGAAGUCUCCGAAGGAACCCGUCGUUAUAACUACUUCCAAGCAAAGAGGGAGAAAGAGCACGAUCGACCCUCAGACGCCGCAGAAGAAGGCAAAGCAGGAGAUAGCGAUAGCCCCAGCGCCGCCACCCGUCCCUGCUCUUGUGUCCGCCCUCGCGCCAGUGUCACAGCUCACUGCAGCUCCAUCCUUGUCAUCUAAUCCCGUAGCGACAAAUAUACAAACCGUUCACGCCUCGAGUCCGGCGACAGCGUCAGCAUCGACGUAUCCCGACUUGGACAACAUUGAGGAAAUUUUGCCAUCGACGGCUAUAGCACGUCAAGCGGAGUCCGCUCCGGCGCAACCUGAGCCGGCCGGAGCUACGGCGCCGGGUGCACUCUCCGACGGGCAGCUGCUGGCGGUGCCUGGGGAGCAUUUCGGGGGAUUGGCCGGCACCUUCUACCUCUGCAUGGAGGACAACGGAAAUUAUACUAUAGUAGACAAUCGUCCGUUGAUACUGGAGAACAACGAGCUGGUCCCGAUGGCGGAGCCCGCGCCCGCCAUAGCGCCGCUGCCCGAGCGGCGCGAUAUCCUGGAAGCGGCGCUCGCCAACAGCGACGUGUUCCAGCCGGAGGCGGCGCGUGACGAUCCGCCCGACUUUCGCGACCUCAAUGCUAACGUACCGGUUCUCUGCCGCGUAUCCGAGACGAGCACCACACUCAACCAGCCGAUCAUGACCCCCGUCGAGGUGCCCACUAAGGCCGACAGCGAGCCCGCGGUGCCCGCCGUGCCCGCCAACCUGGACGACGGGCUGGCCGUGAUCGGCGUCACGCCGCACACGGUGCCCACCUCGCUCGAGCUGCCCAUCACCGUCACAGACCCCAGGAUAGCGCCCAAGACUUCGGACCCUCUCAGCGGUAGCGCGUACAGCGCCGCCCUCUUGCCCUCGCCCAACGCCGAGAUCGCGCUCGUCACGUCCAGCGAGGAGGUGGACGUGCACGCUCCAGGGGUUAUGACGCUGCCUCUCCUGACGGACGACGUGUCCGUGGGCAAGUCCCUACCCAUUCUGACGGACGAGGUGUCGGAGCGCGGCGUGUCGUCGGUGGAGUCGGCGCUGGGCUCGCCUUCGUCGGCGGAGGUGCGCGACUCGGAAGCGGAGGAGAGUCAGUGGUCGCGGCUGCUCACGCCCAGCUCCGACACCUCCGAGACCUCCGCGGAGAUCCCGCUGCAGCCCCCCAUCAAACUGUCCGUUAAUGAUCUAUCUCAUAGCGAAUAAAAUAUAACAAUGUAUUGUUUUUAUAUAUGCUUUUCCUCAAAGCUUGCAAAAAAUGAUUUUGAUUCGUUAUUUAUUAAUUUUUCGUAAGUUUUAAAAUAUGAAAUGUGCAAUAGGAUUAAUGUUCAUUUUACUCCUUGGAAGGAUAUAACCGGUUCCAUACGACAGUGUUGUGUUAGUCAGCCGGCGGGGGGCUGG